GAAAGAGAGAGAGCGAGUGCGAGGGGGAAAGAACCAUAGGAAAGGCAAGGGGCCGACCGGGACUCCACGUUCGGAUGAAGAGCAGCAUUUGGGUUUUCAGUGUCUUUAGUGGUGUGUACUUACCUAAAUGCUGUGGGCAGCAGCAGUGAAGGAGCUGGCACCAGUACAGAUUUGGACGGCCAUAGGCCAUGGCAACAGCAAGAAACAUAGAGUCAUCAGCCCCACCGCUUUCCCUGGAGUCCCUGGUGCAGCAGGCAAAUGUAGUUCACCUUCCAAAUAGCAAGCUGUCAUCCCUCAGCAUCGAACCAGAGGAUGGGGGUUUCAAGGAAAAGUUUGUGCUGAAACUGGAAAACAAGUACAAAUGUGAACAUUGUCGUCUUGCACUCUGCAACCCCAAACAGACUGCUUGUGGCCACAGAUUCUGUGAAAGCUGUGUAAGGAAAAUUCUUGGGAGUCCGAAGCCAGUUUGCCCAGUUGAUAAUGAGUCUUUAUGUGAGAAUACGGUUUUUAAGGACAUGUGCUGUAAAAAAGAGGUUCUUGCACUUCAAAUCUACUGUAGGAAUGAGAUAAAUGGCUGUCAGAAACAGCUACCUCUCGGAAAGCUUGAGGGCCACUUACUUGAAUGUCCUUAUCAGGAAGUCCGAUGUGCACGAAGGGGAUGCACGGAAAUGGUGCAGAGGAAAGAUUUAGCUGACCAUUUAAAUUCAAGCUGUAAAUAUCGGGAGCAAACCUGUAAAUACUGCAGGAAUGAAAUCACUAUUGCAGAAUUAAAAAAACAUGAAGACUUUGACUGUCCGUCAUUCCCAGUGCCAUGCCCUAAUAAGUGCAAUGCUUAUAUUCUGAGGGGAGAGUUAAAUAACCACCAGUUGCAGUGUCUUAAUGUGGUUUUGCCUUGCCCUUUCUCCAAGUACGGAUGUAACUUCCAAGGAACACACCAGGAACUUAAAGUGCAUGAAGCCGAUACUAUGGCUCAACAUUUGAACUGUGUGCUGAUGCAGAACGGAGAUCUCGAAAAUACGGUUUUCGAGCUGCAGAACAAAUUACAAGAAAAGUCUAAAACUAUUGAUAUUAUGGCAGCUCAGAUAAGCCACUUGGAGAAAGAACAAAGUAAAUUAGCACAGCUCGCAAGUAAGAAUGAAAGUCGACUCGGGCACAUGCAGAGAAUGUUAGCUAGUCAGACGGAUAAAUUGAUGAACAUUGACCAGGCAUCACAACAGACCUACCAGAAGCAGGAGGAAUCAGUUAAAGAGGUGAAAGCUUUGGAAGAAUCUGUAAACCAGCUGCAAAUCCAAUUCCGACAGCUUGAAUUGUCUGGCAGAACUGGUGGGACGGGCACAGGAGCGGCGAGCCUGACUGCAUUAGAUAACCAAGUAAAGAGGCAUGACAGCCUACUCAGUGUCCACGAUGUGCGGUUAGCAGAUAUGGACCUACGGUUUCAAGUGCUCGAAACUGCAAGCUACAAUGGAAAACUGAUUUGGAAAAUCCGAGAUUACACACGCCGAAAACAGGAGGCCGUCAGCGGAAAAACAUUGUCCUUAUAUAGCCAGCCAUUUUACACAGGAUACUUUGGCUACAAAAUGUGUGCUCGAGUUUACCUCAAUGGAGAUGGUAUGGGCAAAGGAACUCACUUAUCGUUGUUUUUUGUCGUUAUGAGGGGAGAGUAUGAUGCACUGUUACCGUGGCCCUUUAAACAAAAAGUAACGUUGAUGCUGUUAGACCAGGCACCGGCGAAUCGCCAUUUAGGUGAUGCCUUUAAGCCAGAUCCCAACAGUAGUAGUUUUAAGAAGCCAGUAGGCGAGAUGAAUAUUGCUUCAGGCUGCCCGCUCUUUGUUGCACAGACUGUCUUGGAAAGUGGGACAUAUAUUAAAGAUGACACUAUCUUCAUAAAAGUAGUUGUUGAUACCUCAGAUUUGCCAGACCCAUGACCCAUUAAUGUGUUAAACAUGAGGGGAAUUACAAUUACAGUGCAGGAUCUGUAUCAGUGGAGUACAGUGUCGUUGAUUUUCAACGGAAGGACAUUCCUCCCAGCUGGUCGCCAAGAGCUUGAGCAGUUCACCUGACCAUCUGAAGCACAAGAACUUUACCUCUCACGACAAAAGAGGUUAUACUGGAAUGACACCAAUAACUUUAUAAUAUUAAUAUUUGGUGGUAAUUGUUCAUUCUUUGGGGUACUUCAGGAGCGGUGUUAAAUACAGGGUAUCCUGAAGUAAUGACUGACAGCAUUGAUUGUCCAAUUAAACUUGGAGUUGUAGUUGGAACAAUGAAAA